GAGGAUGACUGUGACCAUAAUCAUACAAUGAAGCGCCAAUCUUCACUGAAGGAUUUUUUCAACCCGAAAAGACAAAACGCUCAAGAUGACUCCGAGUCAUUCCCUGCGUCGACAGAUUGUCCUGCUGCUGAACACAAUGCUGAUUCGAUGCACGAUGUUGAAGAACCUAAUGAGCGUGUGCCAUCUCAAAACUCAACAGAAGUCACUUUGCCGAGAUCAACUGAAGAUCCCAUGUCAACGAAGUCGAAGAGUUCUGAGCAAACAAUCCUGGAAGCUAAACCCAUUGCGGAUGAAAUAGUUCUAGAAACAAUCAAGAGCUAUUUUGAUAAUUCCAACAAAUUCCACAGUUUUUACCACUGUAACAGAAAGUGCUCAACAUUAUCUUCUGAUGAGAAGAAUGCUCAAUCUAAGUUCACUCACAAAUUCAAACAUGAAUGGCUGGUCGACCGUGAACUCAGUUAUUGUUCAGAACUGGAAUGUACUGGUUGACCUAUGAUGAAGCAUCACAU